AUGGCAUCGACGCUUUACACAAAUGCAACCAUUAUCACGGUCAAUCAUGAGCGUCACGUCAUUCGCGACGGGUGGAUUCAUGUCGUGGGCAAUUUGAUUGCUGCCAUAGGUCCCACCAGCAACAUUAAGUCCAAGUUAGACAAGCCUACGAAUACCAAGAUUGUAUCUUUGCAUGGAAAGAUUGUAAUCCCCGGUCUCAUAAAUGUACAUGCUCACCUGAUUCAGUCACUGAUCAGAGGGUUGGCGGAAGGAAUGCCGCUACAUAAUUGGGCCUGCGAUACUAUCUGGCCGAUGGAGGUUGCUUUCGAAAAUGAAGAUGGCUAUAUUGCAGCGAAAUUGACAAUGGCUGAAAUGCUCAAGACCGGCACAACUUGCUUCUUAGAACCAAUGCUACCAGUGCAAGCUGGACUUGAAAAUAUUAGUAGAGCAGUGGGCGAAGUUGGCAUUCGCGCCUGUUUGGGCACCCUAGUCAAGGGACCAAAAACUCAUAGUCACCUUGGAGUCACUGAUGUACGGGAUAAAGAUGCAGCACUGAUGUCUGUUAACGCCGCCAUCGCGAACCAUAAGAAAUAUCAUGGGAACUUCAAUGACCGCCUGCAUAUCUGGAUGGCCGCUGAUACACCGCGAGGUGCCGAUGAAUCAGGUUUUGCGGCCAUUGGGGAGGCCGGACUUCAGCACAACAUCAGAGUGACAAUGCAUUGUGCAGAAGCAUCUGGUGACAAGAAAAUGAUUCGGGAGGCUUAUAAAGCAACGCCUUUGGAAUUCUGCUCGAAUACAAAGAUGGUUGGCUCGCACGUUGUCCUCGCUCACUUAGUUCACAUUGCGGAGGAUCUGGAUAUUGAAAUCCUACAACGUACGGGUACAUCUGUUGCACAUAAUCCAACCAGUAACGCCAAGCUCGGAGAUGGCAUCGCACCUAUUCCACUCAUGCUUGCUGCAAAUAUCAAUGUAGCCCUCGGCAGCGAUGGCGGGCCUUGUAACAAUGCAUAUGACCUCUUUCGAGAUAUGCACCUGGCAGGUCUUAUUCACUGUGCCAAAGCAGAAGAUCCCACGCUGCUGCCGGCAGAACAGAUACUUGAGAUGGCCACUAUCAAUGGCGCCAGGGCGUUGGGGUUGGAAUCAACCUUGGGCAGCUUGGAGGUCGGCAAGAAGGCUGACUUUGUCGUCAUCGACCCCAGUGGACUGAAUGCUGCGCCUUAUGAUCCAGCAGAUACGACUUGCAGUGGCAUGCACCCUACGACAGUAGUAGUACACUCAUGCUCUGGUGAAAAUGUGGAGAUGGUCGUGCUUGAUGGAGAGGUAGUGGUUGAAAAUGGCGUUCUUCUCCGUGUGGAUGAGGCACAAAUCAAACAGAAUGCGCGAGAUGCGUCUUUGAGGCUUCGCCAGAGUUCUGGAGUCAAGGCACAGCCCAUGAAGUUAGGAUGGCAGUACAUCUAA